CGCAGGACAAAAUUGAAAGUCCUUUAUCAGAGUGGGCAAAUGUUGAACAAUCAGAUGGAGGGAGAAAUCAAGAAGAUCGCUUAUGUCUGGCUGUCGGCGGUGGCUGCCCUCUCCUAUUCCCGAUUGGUCUCCGCAAAACUCCCCAAGGGCAAAUGGCGCUUGAUCUCAAUCAUCCCCGUCCUCUUCCUCUUCGCAAUCCUCCCUCUCCACACCCCCUCCGCCUUCAUCAGAGCACUCACCGCCUUCUUCCUCACCUGGCUCACCUCCUUCAAGCUCCUCCUCUUCUCCUUCGAUUCAGGCCCUCUCCACUCCGAUCCCCCCAAAUCCCUCCCCGUUUUCAUCGCCGUCGCCACUCUCCCCUUCACCCUCGCCGCCGCCCCAAGAAAGCCCCCUAAACUGCCCCUCAAUUUACCCGCCCAAAUCGCAAUCGCAGCUUUACUGGUCUCUCUCCUCUUCGAGCAGCGGCGGAAUCUGCACCCCGUCGCCGUGAUGCUCCUAUACUGCCUAUUGCUGUUUCUGAUGAUAGAGAUUUUGGUGGGACUAUCCAGCAAGGUGGUGUGGGCCCUCCUGGGGGAGGAGCUGCAGUCGCCCUCGGACGAGCCCUACCUCGCGGCCUCGCUGCGGGAGUUCUGGGGCCGCCGCUGGAACCUCACGGUCAACAGCAUCCUGCGCGAGGCCGUGUUCCAGCCUGUGCGGUCGCUGGUGGGAGGUGGGCAAGCGGGGCCGAUGAUUGGGGUGCUGGCGUCGUUCGCUGUGUCGGGUAUAAUGCAUGAACUCUUGUUUUGGUACUUGACUCCCGGGGCUAGGCCCACGUGGGAGAUGACCGCGUUUUUCGUGCUCCAUGGCGUCUGUGUGGUGGCGGAGUUCGCUGGGAAGGGGAGGUGGCGCUUGCCGGGGUUCGUCACGGUUGCGUUUGUGAUCGGGACGAGUUUCUGGCUAUUCUUUCCGCCGGUCAUGAGGAACGGCGCCGAUGUCAGAGUCAUUGAAGAAAUUCGAUUUGCAGGGGAGCUUUUACUCAACUUCCUUUUCAGUUUCACAACUUAGAUUGAUUAUCUCAUAGAACUCAUUGGUGAGUUACAACUUUGUAUUUGGACCGGUUGAAUGGCAGAUGUUAGUUAAAGUAUGAAAUGAUAAGCGUAUGAAAUGGUUACAAGUAUGAAA